AUGGAGAUAGUGGGACUCUGUUCUGUCGUCAAACCAUAUUGGUGGCCCCACCCUUAUGUAUCCCAUCCAGAGCAGUGGGGUUCUCCCGACAAUAGACAAAUAUACGCCGAGGUCUUCGGCCAAAAUGCCGUGCUCCGGGAGGAAACCCAAGCACACGACGACAAGGAAUGGCAAGCAAAGAACCCGGUGGAAGGAUGGAGUGGAAGGGACAGAGGGAGAGAGGAGGGCCUGAACGCACGGGCCAUCGAUGACUUAAGUAACCAAUGUCGAAAACGAUUGGCCGGCCUUGGGAGUCCCAUCCUUGCUGGAUGGGAGGCGACAGAGAUUCGUAGCAUCAAAGGGCGCUCGAUCACCGUACCAAGCUCUCAGACGGUUGACGCCACGCACCCUAAGAUCACAUUUACCACGGGCGGCCAGAGAAUUCUGUUCUGCAAUUGGACUACAUUGGUAGCUCCUCAGCUACGUUCCCGGUGCACAAUAGCGGGAUUCUCCCGGAAACAGGUGAAUAGAUGCCAAGGUCUUCAGGCAUGCUUGAUCCAGGACCCAUCUGAGUCGAGCUUUGCGUCCGCUUCGGAAUAA